AUGUGUUUCAGUGGCAACACAGAAGGGAAGCAAACCACUAAACCAGGAUGUGAAACUGAUGACGGGGUCUUCAAAGGGGGAGAUGCAUCGUCACGCAAGGCGACUGCCAUUCCACCAGAAUACGACCCGUACUUAGCACGUGUCGUUGAUCAUCCCAUCACUAACGUGGAAGCGCUGGUCCAUCUACUGAAAGGCAGUAUAGGCACUGGCAUCCUGGCGACACCAAACGCCUUCAUGCACGCCGGGUACGUCGUGGGCGUGCUUGGAACCCUUCUCAUCGGCGUGGUGUGCUCGCACUCCAUGCAGAUGCUGGUGCGCGCGCAGCACGAGCUCAGUCGGAGGCGUCGUGUACCCAGCCUCACCUACCAGCAAACGGCCAUGGCUGCUUUGGAGGAAGGACCAAGCUGCCUGAAGCCUGUAGCGCCGUAUGCUGGGCAUAUUGUGAAUAUCUUCCAAGUAGUCUUACAGAUUGGAAGCUGUUGUGUGUAUGUGGUAUUUGUCAGCAGCCACAUCAAAGCCGUAGUGGACCAGUACUCUUAUGGGUUGGAUCUCAGGAUAUACAUGUUAAUUUUGCUCGUGCCACUGAUAAUAAUAAAUAUGGUGCGCAAUUUGAAGCUGCUGGCACCAUUUACAACUUUAGCCAAUAUCUUGACUUUAAUUGGCUUUUGUAUCACAUUCUACUACUUGUUGAACAGUUCUCCCAGCCUUUUGGACAGACAACCAUUUGGGCCUCUCAAGGAUUUGCCUCUGUUUUUUGGAACUGUGCUUUUUUCACUAGAGGCAAUUGGUGUACUUCUCCCAUUGGAAAAUAGCAUGAAAUCACCAGGAAGUUUUGUUGGUCCACUGGGUGUGCUUAACAGAGCUAUGGUUAUCAUCAUAUUUCUCUUUAUUGUAAUUGGAUUAUUUGGCUACAUGAAAUAUGGAAAUGAAGCUGAAGGAAGCAUAACACUUAAUCUGCCAGCUGAUGAAAUACUUGCACAAGCUGUGAAGAUAAUGCUGGCUGUCUCCAUUUUUAUAUCACACAGCCUACAAAAUUAUGUUAACAUUGACAUCUUAUGGAACAGUUAUUUGAGUGAGAAGUUUGAGAAACAUCCUCAUAAGAUUAUAUUUGAGUAUAUUGUUCGUAUUAGUCUUGUCACUAUUACAUUCCUGUUGGCAGCUGCUGUUCCAAAUCUGGAGCUGUUUAUAUCUCUGUUUGGAUCCCUCUGUCUGUCAGCUAUUGGAAUUGCUUUCCCAGCAAUAAUACAAAGCUGCAUCAUCUGGAAGAGCAGAAGUGGAAAACUUAAAUUUGUCUUGAGAAAUAUGAAGAACAUCUUUCUGGUCUCAUUUGCUUCUUUGGGUCUUGUUGUUGGGACAUAUAUAUCGAUAUCUGAUAUUACCAAAAAAUUUAGUUAAGUAGAUGCAACACCAGAUCUUAUAAAGUCAGUGAUAUUACUAAUGCCAAGUUGUAAAGCUAGAAAGAGUUAGCAACAGUGGCUAUUACCAGUUAGAUAAACCUUGUGUGCUUUUUACUUAGUGAUCAGAAGAAUGGAUGGGAGGGACAAAAUUGAUACUAAUUACUACUUAAUUAAGCAACAUAAUAGACUUCUACUGGAAUACUAUCUCACAUGCUUGUCCUUUAGACCUAAGAUUUUUUUGUCUGUUCAGUGACAAAAUAUUUUUACUAAAGUGAUACAAUUUUCAGAUGUCGUCAAUGUGAAGUUUUGAGACAUAUAUCAAAACUCUCAAUCAAAAAUAUGUACUGUGAAGUACAUGUGAGAAAGCAUUCAUUACGAAGUCACUUGAAAAUAAAUCUAUCAUUCCUGUAGGCAAAUAAAAUUGAAAAUGCUUGCUGUUGCAAAAGAGAUCCUGAUCAAGUAAGCUGUCAACGGAAAUAAGCAACUGCUUCUUAGUAUAAAUAUACAGUGAACCUUGACAGUUCAAAAUGAAUCUCUUCGGUUGUUAGAUGAGCAGUAUUGGUUAGUUAAGAUGGUCCUGAAAUUAAUUAAAAGUAAACUGAGAUGUUUUGUAUUUAUGCAUUCUUCCAGAUUAGAACAAACCGGUUCUAGUUGCAAUGUCUUGUGACUCUCAUGUAUUAAAGUUAGUACUAUGACGAAGAAACAAGGAAAACAUUUUCAGCAUAUAGAUCCACUCUCUCUGCUAACAAUACACAAAAUGUAAUGAAUAGACAAUGAAUGGAAUGCAUGGAGAGGUAACUGGAAAAUUUUUAUGUUGUCCUUACACAAAAUACAACAUUAAGAGACAGAUGAAUUUUAUAAAAGUACCUAUCUAAAGAUAUAUCUGUUCACGUUGUAAAUUGUGUGUGCUUUUUUAUUCUUGAA